CACCCGAGAGUUCAUUGAUGCACCCAUUCCAGUGGUGUAACGGGUGUUUCUGCGGCCUGGGACUGGUUAGCACCAACAAGUCCUGCUCAAUGCCACCCAUCAGCUUCCAAGACCUCCCCCUCAACAUCUACAUGGUCAUCUUUGGCACAGGCAUCUUUGUCUUCAUGCUUAGCCUCAUCUUCUGCUGCUAUUUUAUCAGCAAACUCCGGAACCAGGCACAGAGUGAACGAUAUGGAUAUAAGGAGGUGGUGCUUAAAGGUGAUGCCAAGAAGUUACAAUUAUAUGGGCAGACCUGUGCAGUCUGUCUAGAAGACUUCAAGGGGAAGGACGAGCUAGGGAUGCUCCCAUGCCAACAUGCCUUUCACCGGAAGUGUCUGGUAAAGUGGCUAGAGGUACGCUGUGUCUGCCCUAUGUGUAACAAGCCCAUUGCUGGUCCCUCAGAGGCCUCUCAGAGCAUUGGAAUCCUAUUGGAUGAACUGGUGUGAGCACUGCCUCUACACCAAGACCU